AUGGAAAGAGGCUAUAGCGGCCUGAGAAGAUCGUAAGUCCUUUAUGUCUCUGCUUGCCGACCUUCUGUGUAGAUUUGAGCUGACUUUUUGUGGAAUUUUGCAGGCGAAAACGUGCACACUCUACGAAGUGUCCUUGUUGCUACUCGUCCGAGGAGGAACAGGAAACUCAUGCAAGCGCGAAGAGAGAGGUAGGUUGAAUUACGGCUUACUAAUUUGUUAAUACGCUAUCUGCGGUGAGAAACGAGAUACUUUGUAUCCCUCUCUGUUAGGAAUGUGUGAGUUGUUGGCCAGAACUCGGCAACAAGAGUUUGGUAAUUGGCGAUUUGUUGUUAAAGUCGUCCCCGGCGACCAUGUGACAAGCGCGGAAGCAAGGAAAAAUUGAAUGACUUUUCUGUAUUUUCGCCAAAAAUACCUUCUCAAAAAGAAUAUAUCCAAUGCAAUUGAUGUUUUGUACCGCACAGGUGGGGUUAUCACUCGGUAGAGACUUGCAAAUUUAUUUUAUAGGUGGAAAAGUUAUGUUCGUAGUAGUUUCUGCAACAAGCUAGUUUCAGCGUGCAAGGGAUGUGACGAUGUGCCGCGCUCAUACUUUGACCACGUUUGUUAACUAUGUACGCUUAUUUGAUGAUUCUAAGGUCCAUCUCUUUUUGAAAUUGUAAGGUCUCGUUUACUUGUUCCAUUUCUGAAUGCGUUAAAUUGUCGGAAAUCUGAUUUUAUAUUAUCGUGAGGGCUCUUAGUUGAUCGUAUACACAAUCUGUCUGUCGAUCUGUACUUGUGCAUUUCUUCGUUUUUGGGUUGAGCAAAAUAAGCCUAAAUUCGACUAGUAAAUUUCAAGAAGUCCUGUGAUGAUUUGAUCUCGUUAAUCUCUUUUCUCGAUUUACAGUGAUUUCAAUAGGCUUCCCCAGAUUUUUCAAUGAUGUUCAUUGUACAACACAUUAUUGCGCUCGUAAUUCCGAUGCGAGGCAUACGACAUAUUCUUUGGCCCGGACAGAAAUUACAUGCUGCCAGUAGGUUAAUCUUCUUGACGUAUCUGGUCUAAUUUUAAAUGGCACGUCAUUUCAUCGGUAUCCGAACUGAAGAAUUCUCGAAGCUUUUUCCACGCGAGUCGCAUUUUAAAAGUGCUCGGGCAUCAUCGAUUUUUGUUAUUGUUGUUGUUGUUCAAAUAUACAGUUAUUAUAUAAGGUUGUCUGGCCGGUGGGUUCGGGAUAUCACUUCGUGUACACACUGUAUUGCUAGAAAGGAGCCCUUUAUUUCAUCUAAUUUUACGUUUGAUGGCAUUAUUUUCCCAUGAACCUGUAUAGGUACUAUUAAAGUUAUCUCUUCUUUUUUGUAUGUGUUUUCAGAAUCUGGCAGAAAAUAUCGUUUUAUAAAAUAAUGUGGUCUACUAUUAUUUCAUUCUAGCCAAGCGACGUACACUUGAGUUGUGUUUCUAAGCUUUCCGAUUUUACUUCUCCCUAGGACAUUUAAAACUGUUUUAAUAAAUUACCGUCAGGUUUUUUCAUUAAGUGUGUGCUCCUUUAUUGACACCAGAGCUACAUUUUCUUUUUAAUUGAUAGUUCAGAAAGAAGUCGUAGGGCAAAAAUAGUGCAAUUUCUUUGAAAUAUGUUUUUUUUAUUUUGUGCCAUUUAUACAAGAGUCCUCCAUACACGAUCAGAGGUGCUUUGUCAUCAAUGUCUGAUUUUUUGCUUCCAGUUCUUGCAAUUGUAACAUAAUUGUAGAUUUGAUUUUUUUUUUAAUAAAUGUGACUCAUGAACCACAUACUAAAUUAUUAUGUCUAAUUUUGUACGUUUUUGUGAUGUUGUGGUAAUACACUUCUGCUGCUUUUUCGACUCUUUGGUCUGUGAUUAUAUUGAAUAGUUUCUGAAAAUCUCCAUACUUUCCCACAUAUUCUGACCCCAGUUAGUAACAUCUGCAAUGCAGCUCCAAUAUCCUCAGGGCUCAAAGUUUAAAUUUGAGUUUGGGAGCACUUGUACUACCAGAUGUAAAUUUUCAGGCACACUGCCGAAAUUUUAGUUGGGCAGCUGAAAAUUUUAGGAGCACAGCUUAUACUGUUUGGAGCAUCCAUUUUUUAAAGAAGGAAGCUUAACAGUGCCUUGUUUAUAUGUCAUCUUUAGUUUGUUACUUUUAUGUCAGUCCCGUGAUUGACCAUUGUGAUUUUUAAUACUUAUUUCUCUUUUUGACAAUACAGUUGUGACUAGAGAAAACUUACACUUAAAAAAAAUUCAAAACUGACAACAAAGAGUAUGUCAAACAAGAAAGAAAGUUAAUCUUUGAUGAAUUUGUGAAAUGGGCAAUGACUUACAUGUAACUGGGAUACGACUUAAAAACUAUCUUACCUGGAAAAAAAAAGGCUCUUAAUCCGCACUGUUUUUGUUUUGUUUUGGUAUUUCUGCUUGCUUAAAUCUACUGUUUAACGUCGUACUGGUUAGAGUAUGUAAUUAUGGUCAAGUUAAGAAGUAGGUAAGCAAGUCAGUCAUACUGUGCUUUGGGUCUUACGGCACAACCGAAAAUCCAGUUGCAUAUGCAACCAGUUAGCUGUUAACUUUGAGCCCUUAUCCUUGUUCUCGGCCCCCAACAAACUCUACCAAUUACAGGAAAUGCAUUUUGAAUUUCCCUUCAACCUAACUGGCAAAUUUACAAUGGGUUUUUAGGGUGUGACUGCUUUAAGUUGGUUGUGGGCCAAUCAGCAGCUCUUAAAAAAACAGUAAGUUACUCAAAGCACAAAAUUUAAAAACUGAUAGCAAACUUUUUUCAAGAAUGCAAAAUGUUUCACCAGACAAUGUUUUUCAAUGUGAAACUUUACAUAUAACACCCAGGACACAUAUUUGUUUGACGCAAGCUGUUAUUUUGUCACUUAACAACAAUUUCUUCGCUAUGAUUGCCACACUUUGCAUGAACAUGCAAGCUCAAGUCAAAAAUAGAACCAAUGUUUACGUUUUUUACCUCCAUCACUCACUCUAACGGACCUCUCACGAAACAUGGGCUUUCUUCAGUGGGUUCAAAAGGUCACGCGUGUAAGUUGUAAUUAAUUAAUUUCGAUCCAUGUUGUAUAUUUUGUUUUGUGGUGAUCAGGAUUGACAACUAACACUCUCAAAAUGUAUUGCUAUUUUCCUGGUCAACGUGGUCUAGGUGGCCCCAGAUAUACAGUGUAGUAGUCACACUGUAAUAGGCCAAUCAUGGCUUGUACUCAAAUCCUGAUACACAGGUGGGGGCUGAGAACAAAGAUUUCAGUGCUGUUCAAAGACAGACUUAACCAGAAGUUUUUUCUGUCUUUAAUGUAGGCUACCACAAAAGGGACUGGGGAGGGGUAAUAUAAUUUGGAAUUUCCAUUGGGGCUUGCCGGGGAAGGAGAAAAAUCCCCUUUGUGGGAAUAGUAAGUAUAUUUUCUGGAACUUCUCAUUUCUUUUCAUUUUUAUAAUACAACAUUUUGCGCAACAUGUUUCUAUAAAAGAUAGUGCAUAGGUCAAGAGAGUUAUUUUUCCUUGAUUUUAUGAGAAGUUAAAACAACUUUUGUAACUUAUUGCAGGGUCUAAAAAUGACCAGUGGUUUGUUUUAAGAGUCCCUGUGUUAUUGUUAUACCAUUAAGUGACACUAGUUAAUAUUUCACAGAAAAUAUAAGGAGACUUUCUUGUUCCUGAAAAAGUGAGAUGCUUCAGCCCAAACUUACAUGAUCUGCUCAUGGUCACACAAAAAAGUGUAUUAUUUUAUAUAUAAUGGAUGUCAAACAGGGUCAAAAAAGUCCUCUCUGCAUAGCCAUCCCAAACAAAUAGGUUUUCUCAUUGGGCAGGCCGGGUAACUUUUUAUGCCCACUUGCCCAGGCAAGUUGUCUUUGAACUUUACUAUGGCCCUGGACAAGAAAAAGUUUGUAACUGAAUUUCAAAUUUUUUCUUCAACUCCGUUUGCUAUUUGCCUUGGAAGGUCUCAAAGCUAAUAAAGUAGGUGGUCAUUAAAGACUACUCUAAUAUUAACAAUCAACUGGAAAUGAUGGCAUAGUAAUAUUCUUAAUGGUGAUUAUAAUAAUAUAAUAUUAUGAUAUUAUUGCAGAAAGUAAAAGAUCAUGGCAGUCAGAACAAUGGAAAAAGAACAAGCAAGUACGUUGAAAAGGGAAUUGAAUAAAAUCAUUGGGAAUUACUGAUUCUAAGAGUUUAUGAAACCUGCCCAGGACAUUUUUUUUAGGCUAAAUCCUUAGCAGCAAAAUGUGGAAGAAACAUUCCAGGACUGUUGUAGUGGAAAGUCAUGAAAUAAUGUUAGGGUUUUGCUCUGUUUGAGGCCCUUUCCACAUGUGUCAGGUAUUUUUAAAUUCGCCCUUUUUUCUUUGCGGAUCUUGCUGAUGUCAGUCCACACCUAUCCAGUAAAUCUGGCGUAUGAAUCCGCAGCUUUUUUCAAUCCACUCUCCAGUGAGGAAAUUUUUGAAUAUGUUCUGCAUCCAGAAUGGUGUGGGUGCUAAAUCCAGAUAUUUUUUAUCUAGUGACUUGAUGAAAUCAGGGCCAGUUCUUUUCUGUGAAUACUCAAGAUUGCUGCUGAGUGGAAUAUUAUCACUUCUUUAAUUCUUGGACUUAUUUCAAGUCUUUGAAUGUGUUUGCAGUUAUAUUGAAGGGGUUGAUGCAUUCAAGUGAAUAGGUUGGCAUCAGUGAUUUUGGUACAAUACUUUUGUGCCAAUAAUCCCUCAAGGGACAGCUUACAUAAGGGUUGUUGCAUUAGGAGAUGAUUGACACUUCAGAGCAAUUAGCAAUAUUGCAUACUGAAAAUGACUUGUCAUAAUCUUUCCCCUAGGAGAAAAAGAAGGCUUUCCUGUGAUGAUGGUGAUAAUAAUAAUUAUGAAGAUGCAAGCAAGGAUGCCACAGACCCAGCUGAAGACCUUCAUGGAGCACAAAAGGGCAAAACAGCCAACAGGAAAACUCCAUUACACAAGCCCAAGAAAAGCAGAGAAAAGGUCAAUACUGUUUCUUCAAAACAGGAAUCUAGUAGUAGUACAUUAAAUGGUGUCAAGUUAGGAGCAAAAAGCAAGGAAGGUGGCAAAAAUGGACAGGCCACUGUGAAAAAGAAAAGUAAAACUGGUCUUUCUUUGCUUCAAAGUAGAGAUGAAAGCAUUGUAAAAACAGAAUAUUCAAAAAAGAAGUCAUCAACUCAAAUUUUGUCAAAGCCCAAAAAGUCAGAAAAGAAGAGUGCAAAACAGAAAUGUAAAGCGGACACUGAAGAGCUCAACAAAAGUGAAGAGGAACCUCAGGAAAAAUGUUUGAAUGGUGUGAAAAAAUCCAGUAAGGUGAAGUCUGCAGCUUCCUCUGCCAGUGAUGUAGUACAGUUACAAAGCAAUGAUGCUGUUAAAGAAGUCAAAAAUUCAAUUAGUAAUAACAUAACAAAGCUUGGUACUAAACUCAACAAGGCAGAAAUCAAGAAACAAAACAAAACAAGGAGUAAAAACAAUAAAUCAAAUGAUGUUCAAAGUGGAUCUUCCUUUGAUGGAAGUAAAAAGAGUUUGGUUCUUGGGAGCAAAAAGCAACCUAACAAUUUGAGCAAAAACAGUGGAAAUGUUGUGAAUAGAAAAGUUGAAGUGUUCGAUCAUUUAUUUUGUGAGCUAAAAAAGUGUCCAGGACAUAGCAAAGUGACAGUUUCAUCAGCUGCAGAAUUGCUUCUUAGACUUACAGCUGAUAAGUUGAAAAGCUUGCUCCACGCUUCAACAUCUAAGAAGCUUCAAUCCGGUACAGUUGAUGAUAAUCUGAAGAAAUCAUCGCCAGCAAAAGCCCAAUCUACGGUCUCAUUAAGUAGACCCAAGAGGCAACGUACUGAGUCUGAGAAGUCUUUAUCACAAUCAUCUGAAGUUAGCAGUGGGAGUUUCCUCUCAUCUCCAAGUAAGAGUGCUUCUGGGCAAGCUGAAAAAGUCAAGCUAUCCCAAGCAGCAGAAGCACUGGUAAGCUUCCGUGCCAAUCCCACUAUUCUGCGGCAGGAAAGGGCAGAGGGUGAUCUUCGGCUACCAAUUCCAGCUGUGAAAGUCACUGCCACCAAGAAUUUAGAAAAGAAAUCAAGCUCUCCCAGUAAGGAGAUAGGUUGCAACCCCUUGGAUACAACUGCUGAGUCAUCAAUGCAUGUUUUGACAACCACAAAUGAACCGAAAGCAUCACAAAGUCCUGUAAAUGCGAUUACCACUACUUCUCAGAGUCAAGCUACAACACAGUUGUCUUUAAGCCCUGCUAUACAUGGAACUCUUCAACAGACUGUUGGAUUUCCUAGUAUUGAAACAAGUCUCCAGCAAGUAGCAACUGUGCAGCAAAACCUGAUGAAUCUGAGUCAGUUAACAUCACAGUUGAAUCCAGUUUCUGCAGUCCCAGUGCCUUUGAAUCCAAAAGCAAGAGUACAUAGCGCAGAGAAAGCUCGACUGAUGAAUCAAACAGGGAUGCAGAAUGUUCAGGCGUUGUUCUGUCAGCCGACUCAGCCUCCAAAUAUCCAGACAUCAGUAGCUAUCCAGACCCCAGUCACCACGUUAACAGCGUGUGGCAGUAACCAACAGUUGCAGCCACAACAGCCUCUCAAAGGAAUGGAAGAUGUGGUCAGCUGCGUUGGGUCACGAUCAACUACUAAUAUGUUGUGGAAUAUUAAGCCUGCGACUCCCCCUGUUGUGUACCUGACCAGUCCACAGAGCCUUAGUGGGGUAAGAGCCAGGCACAUUAUACCCCAAAAUGAAGGGCAUAGACCUCUACCUUUCACUACAGGCAUGGCAAAGGUUCACACUGCUGGUAUACCAAAAGCACCUCUGAACUCAGUAAGUACGUGUGGAGUAAUGACACUCGGAAAAGUAACAGUAGUGAAUCAGGCUGCUUCACUUCCAACAACACAAGCUGUAAACAUGACUUGUCAGCGACCAAUACUUCCGCGUGAGCAGAGGUUACCUUCACUUUUUACCAGUAUGCAUCAAGGUGCUUCGCAGCUUCCAGUUACCACAAUUAGUGGGCAGAUUUCCCACAGCUUUCCACCAGUCUGUAUGGGGAGCAUGCCAGUACAGUUUGGUGGGAUACAUGUGACCUCUGCUCUGACUUCUCUCAGUAAUGUUAUGACACAGGCACCAAUCUCACAAUCCCCUCCUAUUGAAGUGCCUGUAAUGCAAACACCAGUUGUUACAACAGGACAAAUCACUGCCACAACUUCACCUGUCAAUGCUAAGCAAGCUGUGAAGAAGUUUGUUCAUCAGAGAACAAAAUCUGCAGAAUUGAGAAGGUCAGAAAGUCUUACAAACAUACUUUUAAAUGAGCCUGUAGCAUCACCUUCUGUUGCUGAACAACCCGAGGUUAGCAUAGCUUCUACUUGUUCUUCCCAGAGUGAUCAGGCCCAGGUACAACCAGAAAAUAAAAGCACUUCAAUUACAUCAGAGUUCAAUGUGCAGCAGGCAGCCUCAGCCCUUCUUAGUAUAAGUUCACAGGAUGGUCUUGAUACUGUUGAUACAUCACAGCCUGGGGGAGGAGAGGGAGAGGACUCCUUGGACGAACAUGAUGACGAGGUUGUAUUUACCAGUAAGGGUGUAUUCCGUGUUGGAGAUGUCGAUGUCGAUCCAAAGUACAACAGAAUCGGCAUAGGUAGGAGUUUUACACGAGUUCAUUCUACACAUUUUCUUUACAAUGUUUGUGCAGACAUUUUUUUAACUAAAUCCAAAAAAAAAACACUCAAAGAAAAUCAAAACUGAAGUAAUCUAGGUUACUUCUCAAGAUUUGCUACCUUUAAGGGAGCCAUUUUCUUGUGGAAUUGAAAAAAGACUGUUAAGUUGUAGUUUAUCAUAAUCAGCAGGUCAUUUCACACAAAAUGGCACCCUAUUCUACUUUGUUGUACUUGAAUGAAAGUGCGACCCUUUCUGUAGGGUUCAUUCAUAGUUGUGCAGUAGAGAUCUAUUUCAUUUUUCUUUUUUUUUUCAGAGGGUUAUACCUGUGGCAAAUGUGGAAAAAUCUUCACCUCUCUUAGCUACCUUGCACGCCACAUAAAACGGGUGUGCCCCGACAUGAGUUGCCGCAAAUGGAGAUGCACCAUGUGUGAUAAAGCUUUCCGGCAUCCAUUUGGUCUCCAGCAACAUAUUUAUACCCACACAGGGGAAAGACCUCACAAAUGCUCUCAGUGUCCUAAAGCAUUCUACAGUUCAAAUGAUUUAAGAAGACACAGCAGAAUACACUCUGGUAAGCUAAGCAGAGUUAGCCAUUAGAUUUGAUUUGCUGUGUAUAUUUUUUGUGUUAAUGUUAUUACGGUAUUAGUUUUUAACAAAGACCUCAUGGAGGCACAAAAUCUACAAGAAUAGCAAGCUGGGUUGCUUUGGCUAUCUCAAACAACACAUAAUUGUCUUUCAUUUGUUUGAUUUGUUUGUUUUAACUUUCAUUUCUAGUUAUUGAUUGCUAGAAGUGUUUUAUAUCUCCUUUCACCUAAGGAGGGCCUUAUACACUCAUGUUAGUCCCACUUUUUUUUAAAUCUCGUUAUAGGUGAACGUCCGUACCACUGUAAACAUUGUGACAAGAGUUUUGCCACCACAAUAUCUCUUAAGACUCACACUUACAUUCAUACUGGAGAAAAGCCACAUAAGUGUCCUCACUGUCCAAAGACAUUUGCGACUUCAAGUAAACUGGGGCGACACAUUGUGACCCACUCUGAGCAGCGACCUUUUGCCUGUGAGCACUGCCCUAAAUCUUUCAAUAGAUCAGGUAAGACAAUAUGUUCAUAGAGGAUAUGACAUGGCAACACGGAGAUAAAAAAUUUGUCUUUUAUUGUUGAAAAAUAUUUCUACAAGUGAUUGCAGCCAUCAAGUGAAAUACUUUUGAGAGGAGAAUUUGAUAUCUCCAAGUGGCCAUGUAAAAAGGUUCUGUUAAUUUUGUUAUUAAAACACCAAUGACAUAUCAAACCGUUUCACUUUUUGUUUGCUUGGAAAGGGCCAGUUUAUUAUGUCAGGGAAAAGUCAGGGAAUUUCACUUUAAGUCAGGGAAAAGUUAAAUAUUUGAAAGAAGUCAAGGAAAAGUGACAUUUUAGGAGAACAUAAUUAUUUAUUCUUUUCCUUCUACUUUCACUGCUUUCUAACAUUAAAAUUUUCUUGUGCAUAAUUUUUACAGACAUGAAUUGUCUUGUAUUGGCAGAAUAUUGUUCAUGAAAUUGAAUGACAAGCCGAUGUUGGCUUUACAAGAACAUCAUUUUUUUUGCACGUUAGGUAAAUGAAGUUUCAAUUCAUUUACUGAUAGGGGUUUCAUUUCGAGCCAGAUGCUGGACACAAUGUCUGGUUGUCUGACAUGUAUCAUCCGGUAGUUAACACUCAAAAUAGUUAUUUUUUGAAGUGUGAAAAUCUUUUUCUUUCAUUAUUAAUAAAGUAAAAAAGAACAACUGCAAACCGACAAUUAUAAUUGCCAAAUCAAACAUGUCAUUUUUUUUGGUGAGCAUUUUUUAAUGCCUUGAAGUACCUUUCCAGAAAGCCAAUUCCAUUCCAGAGAAUGCAGGAAAUUGUAUUUUAGAGAGUCCAGUUAUAAAAAUUAAAAUGUAUGCCCCCCGGAUCCCCCUAGAAGUUUUUGACUCUGGCACUCAACAUUUCACCUGCGGCAUGAGUCUGCCAGCUAAACCUCUGCAUCCGGUACUUCCAAAUGUAACUGAAUACCCUGAUGUACACUGCACCUGACUUGCUGAAAGCAUAAAUAAAUAUGUGGAGGAGAUGGUUGCGAGGGGACGGUUGAGUCCAUCAUCAGGUCUGAUGUGUGAAAUUGUUAAUUCAGUUGGUCAGGGAAAUUUCACACUUGUCAGGAAAAAGUGAGGGAGUUUCAGAAACCCCUGGCUGUAGCAACCAUGAUAGGGAAACCCAGCCAGUUGCCUUGGGGUAAAAUUCUGAAUUGUCUCAUGUUUGCCUUUCUGGAAAGAAUUGUCCUUGGUAAAUCAAUUGGCAAUAUAAUAAUAUUCACAUGUAGAUUUUAAUUUAUGUAAAAUCAGUCUAGGAUAUUUUGUUUUUAUAGCACUUAGCAUUCAAAUGGAUAAGUGCUAUAUAGUCAUUUUCAUAUUAUUAUAUUAUACAUUUGAAAAAGUGUACAGCGACUAAGGCAGCUAUAAAUUAUUUGUUAUUUCUGAUGGUGCCUGCGAAGGAUUUUGGUCUGGCUAUAGGUCCUGUCAAAAGCAGCCAUGGGUACAUGUGUAAUUAAGAGCUGUAAAUAGUUUUGGUGCUUAGAUGUACUGUGGAAUCCAGAUUUUUUUAACCAUGAGGGAAAACGUUGGUUCAAUUAAUUGGGAGAUUCAAAAAGUGGGGUUCUUGGAGUAUGAAGGGAAGAAUUAUUGGGAGAUUUGAGAAACAAAAGAGGUUUUUGAUGUACAAGGACUUUCAAACUUUACUGAAACAUUUCUAUGUUACCAUUGAUGCAAAAACGUCUCCAAAUUAUUUGAUAGAGUGACUUAACUCUUGCCUUUACUCACAUUUUUAAAGGAGGAAUCUGUUCUCUUUUUUAGGUGACUUGCGUCGGCACAAUAUGCACGUGCAUGAUUCCCGUGACAAACCAGUAGACUUUGAAGACUGUGGCACACCACUAAGCACUACAGGCAAUGUUACUGUUCCCAGCAAUGGUACCAAAGAUAAGGACAGUGUCAGUGGACAAGUGUAUCAAUGUUCAGUAUGUGCAGAGGUGCUCAAUACAUCUAGUGAACUGAGGGACCAUGUAACAUGUCAUAGUAACAUGGUGUCCACUGUACCAAACCAUUCUUUGGACCAAAAGUCCAGUGAAGACGUGGAUCAGCUGGAUGAGAGCACAGAAUCAGGGAGUAUAGACAGUAAUUAAAAAUUAUCAGCAAUAAUGGAUAGAGAUGUGAUGUCAUGUUACCAAGGUACACUGUAGCAAAAUUUCUGGAUCUCAACACUCUUUCUUGAUCUAGACGGCUAUUUGCAUUGUCAAAGGAUGGAAUCGAAAAGUGGGCUACCGUUUUGUACCUGAGUAGAAUCAUGCACAUAAAAGUCAGACAUUUCAAUUUUUUUGUUUCUUUUUUUUUUUCUGCCAUAUUUACAUGACCACGGUUUGUUGACAUUCGGACAUUUUGCUACCAUGGCAACGUGACAUGACGUCUUCUCCUUUGUAAUAACUGAUUGCUUGUUAUCUUCGAGCAGGUUUUAAUGGAGUAAAUCUCGCCUCUAGUAACUAAAAAAUGCUCCAGUUUUUGUUGUCUGGAUCGCAAGUAAAUUUGUCCUUUUUUCCCCAAACUUUUACAAAACUCAGCUGAUGUAGCAAGUCUUUCCCUUCUUCUUUUAUUACUCUGACUGACUUUGAAUUAUUUAAUGGAGAAUUGUAAACCUGCUGACAUAACAGUCAUUGGGACAGUCAUUGUUUUAUGGAUGUUGUUGGUGUUAAUCAUUGUUGAAGCUUAAAAGUGGGCUCUCUGUGCCAGAAUCAAGCAAUUUAGAGCUGACCCUCACGCCUGAAUAGAGAGUGUCUUAUGUAUAUUGUAGUUUUCCUUAGGAAAAUGGGAAACAUGUGCAGAUUUUCAAGAUAAGCAACCACAGGUUUAGAUCAGGAACAUAAUAUCAGUAAAUAGUAUUGGAUUUUCAAUGAAGAUGUGCUUUAAUUUGAAAUUAAGAAUUUUGUCUGUUUAGCGGGUUGCUAAGUGUGGGUUUAUUUAGUGCUCUCAUGCUGUGAAAUUCCAAAGUUUUAAGGCGAAGAAAGGUUUUAUAAUUUCCAAGAUCGUCUUGAAUCUACCAUUACAUCAGCGUCGUGUGCAGACCUUGUUGUUUCUCGUCUCACACUUCCCCUUGUAGAGAAGAACUACGUGGCGAUAGAAAAGAAGUUUGUAAGGGUGGGGAGUCUGUUAGAGAGCUUUAGAUUCUAAGAAAAGGACGACCACGAGACGUUUUGUCGGGAAAACGUUUGUGGCGGAAACAAGUUAUCAAAUGUUAGAAAUUUUAUCAUUUAGCGAUCGGGAGAAGAAUUAACCUGUUUCAAUAGAAAUAAGCGCGCGAAAUUUUGUGGUCAAAAAGAAUACAAUGAAGCUUUCCCAGGAGUCAUGUUUAGAGAAGACGCGAAAAAAAAUUAAAGUUAUAUAUCGUCCACUUCCUAGUCGUCCUCGAAUCUAAAGUUCAAAAGUAUUGCAGUGCCUUUAUUUUUUUUUUAAUUGUGAUCCCAAAACACCAGAGUCCUGCUCUACUGUGUGUGAGAUUGUUACCUCACCAAUUCAAGAAGUCGUGUUCUUCUCUAAGAGGAGGAAAUAUAUGGGUCUAGUAUAUACUGUAAACACAUUUUUGUUCAAUUUUCUAUCCCGCGAGCAGGCUCGUGUAUGUUAGCAUGUUAGUAUUUUAGACAGGUUUCGCAUUAGGUGCACUGAUGUUGCUUAUUGUUGCAUUGCAGUUGUGCGGUGAUGUUUGUGUGAAAUCUCCUUUUGGAGAGUAGUAGGUGUUUUCAAGUAAAUUGUAAUAUUCGUAGAAUAUCGCUUAACAGUAUCAUUGUAGCCACCAAUGUGGCAGUAGAUAAGUAAGGCAAAAUUAACCAUUUUUAUACACAUUUAAUUUAACCAAAGGAAAAAUCAACUGUGGCGUCGUUUACCCACACUACCUGUGCAUCCAGCACAGUCCACCACACACAGACUGGUGGCCCUGUGGUUUACCUAAUACGUGGUUACCGAGGGAGACAGUCUUCUUAGCUUUUGCGUCGGCGCGAAAAUCACACCGGAUAGGGAUUCUUUUCACACAUAACAACGGUGAUUUCGGUGCGAUUUCUGUAACGGAACGAAGCUGCUUCGCAAAAGAGAAAACUGCUGGUGAAUCCCUGUGAGAAAUUUCCUUCCCAGUUACAAAGUAAUCAAAAGAAAACACUGUUGUGUGGGAACUCGGAUCACAGUAUUUUUUCCUUUCGGUCAUAUGCAGAUUUUGGUUAUUUUUCGACAAAUUUGUGAAAGCUUGGCUUAUUUUGUUGUAAGAUGCUAUGUUUCUGCAAAAGCAUGUUUUUCAGCAGUAUAGACAAGUAAUGUAAAUUACUAUGCAUUCCAGAUUUAGUGUGCUUUACGUCUUGAUCCGUAAGUUGUUCUUUUCAUAACGGAAUUGUCAAAUAUUUAAAUCCAGAAGGAGUUACCACCAUCUUGCCCUGAAAUCUAGCCCCUAACCCUAGCCCUGUUGACGCUGUAAUUUAACGGUCGCAAACUCGUUCUUUUCUGAGUGAAUUAAUGAGUUUGCGUAGGAAAACAGACAUAAUUCUCGUAUACUACGAUUGAUAAGUUAUCAAUAGUAUAUGCGGAGAAUUUAAACCGAAAAGAAAACUCGUCGAGGAGAAUUUUUUAACAAUUAGAAAUACCCUAUUUUUUCCUCUUGCUAAUCAUUUUCCGGCUUAAUCCUCGUACCCUGUGCAGCUGAUCAUUUAAGGGGAUAUCAGAUGCUAGUCACCCUUAAAUGGUUAAAUACCCCCUGUAAAGUCAAGUGCAUUUUCCUAAUCCCUUGCUGUUCUUUGUGUCGUCACGCAACGCUCAUUUUGCAAGGAGAAGCGUUGCGUGACGACUCAAAGGUUUCCUUAUUUUGUUUUGGACUCUUGAGGAUCAAAGAAUUUAUAAUUUAAGAUCGAUACGCAUGAUUUCGCUUAAGGUUAAUGUAUUAUUUUGUUGCUUUGUUUUGUAUAUUUAUUUGUGGAAACGAAUUGACGCUUUUUUUUUAUAAGAAACACCC